AUGUGCUUCAAUACUUUCAUCCAACAUAUCAAAGCUGAAAAAUACCAUCAGGUUGGCUUCUCCUUCAAGCUACUAAAUCCUGUCCACUUGUUCCAGUUCGCUGAUGACGCAGCCGUAAUCACUGGCCAAGAAUCUGAAAACCAGCAUCUCUUAAAUCGUUUUUCCAUCUGGUGCCAAUGGUCCAAUAUGAUUAUCAGAGUCGAUAAAUGUAGUACCUUUGGCAUCAAGAAAGCCAUCACAAAAUCAGUCCAAUAUUUGCCCAAACUCCAAAUCGACAAUAAUCUGAUACCAACAAUAAAGAUUGGAGAAGCAUUUCAAUAUUUAGGACGUAACUUUGAUUUUAACAUGUCGAAUAACAACCAUAAGACUGAACUAACCACUCUCGUUAACAAACUAAUGACUGAUAUUGACUCAAAGCCACUACACCCAAGAAAUAAGCUUCUCGUGUACAGUCGUUAUGUCUUAUCCAAAUUAUCCUGGCAUUUCACCACCGCAACACUUUCUAAAACAUGGGUUAUUGAAAAUAUUGAUCCCGCAGUCAACCAAUACAUCCGUAAAUGGCUUGAAAUUCCAAUCUCUGGAACACUAAGUACUGUUUUUCUAACCCGUAACAAAUUUGGUCAAAGUAUUUAUACUCCAUCGGAGAAAUUUAUCCAAUGCCAAACAGUUCUUCGAAAAGCUUUAAAACUUUCUCCUAAUCAAUCGAUUAACGAACUGUGGAAAUCCACUAAUACUCGUACUAAUGUCCAAUAUGACUUUUAUAACUCAACUGAAGAAGUGCUUAAAAGUUUUCGCUCUGAACAUGAAGAUAAACUCAAAAUGCUAUAUCAAUAACUAUCUUCCGACAUGUAAGAACCUUAGCAGAUGGGGAUUGUCUUCAAGUUCAGAAUGCUCCUUAUGUCUCGGCCCAGAAUCAUUACUGCACAUGGUCGCUGGAUGUCAGUGUUAUCUUGAUCGAUUUACGUGGAGGCACAAUUCAAUCCUGAACUUUCUUGCCGAUACCUUGCAAACUGUGAACGGUUCUGCCCUCUACGCUGAUGUGCCUGGAUUCAAAAGUCCGUCAAUAGUAACUGGUGAUGCGUAUCGCCCGGAUUUGUUGCUAUCAUUAUCAAAUGGCUCUCUUUAUGUGGUCGAGUUCACUGUUGGCUAUGAGACAAACCUCGAGAACAACGUUAAACGAAAAAAAAGCCAAAUAUAG